AUGGCUAUCACCAUCCUCGCUCCAGCUCCGCCUCCCAUUCCUUACCAAGAAGACAGCUCUUCGGAUGACUCUGAUCAUGGCGGCGUCGACCUCGAAGGAGAUACGCAGAUGCCGCCAGCGAAGAGAGCGCGCCAUGCUGCGAAAAACAUGGUCACGCCUGGCGAGACUGUCACUGAUGAUCCUCAGUGGAUGAGAGGUCAUGGUACCUACAUAGCACCCUCAAGCACCGAAAUCAUCGCUGCAGUGGCAGGUACCAUUCAAAAAACGAACAAGCUGCUCUCCGUCCGGCCCCUGCGCGCUCGAUAUACCCCUGAGAUUGGCGACCUGGUUGUAGGACGCAUCAUCGAGGUCCAAUCCAAGCGCUGGCGCGUAGACGUUGGUGCUCCCGUUCUCGCAGGCCUGCCCCUCUCGGCCAUCAAUCUUCCCGGCGGUAUUCUACGAAAGAGGACAGAAACAGACGAGCUGCAAAUCAGAACAUUCUUCUCGGAGGGAGAUUUGUUGGUAGCUGAGGUGCAAAGUUUACAUCAGGAUGGGAGCGCGGGUUUACAUACGAGGAGCUUAAAAUAUGGCAAACUGAGGAAUGGCGUUUUUAUGAGUGUCAGUGGGACAGGCGGCGGCGGUGGUGUGGCCCGAGCGCGCAGGCAGGUUUGGACCAUUGACACGGCGUAUGGUGGCAAGAUCGACGUGAUACUCGGGGUUAACGGGUAUAUCUGGAUCAGCAAGCAUGUGGAACCAGCCGGAGAAGACGUCUCAAUCACGAGGAUCGAGGAGAGUAUCAGCAGUACGGUCUAUUCGAGCCAGAAUGAUGAGAUUCCGCCCGAGACGAGGAGGGAAAUUGCACGAAUUAGAGGUGUGAUUCAAUCGUUGGUAGAAGAUGGACAGGGAGUUGACGAGGACAUGGUCAUGAAGGGAUACAAGGAAGCCAUUGACGCUGAGGAUCUUUAG